AUGCCACAGGAUUCCUCUACAAGAGCCUGCCAUGAUAAUGUCCAUGAACUCGGCCCCAGCUCUGUGCGGCAGGCUUGUUCUGAAAGGGAGAUAAAGCCUGUUAAAUCUGGCAAAGUGAAGUACAUUUCUUUGGAUGAAGUGAUUAUGCUGUCAGCAGCAGCCUCUAAAAAAGGAGCUUCUGCUCGGUCUAAUUCUGACUCUAAACCUGGUUCAUUAUCUUCCAUGAAACCAUUGAGGAAUUCUCUAGCUGGAUCCAGAGCUGCUGCUUCAAAGUCCUCUGCUUCAAUGGUAAAAUCAAAUCGUAGUCUUGGACCUUCAGAUCCUGUGAAGCAUCCUAGGCAUGGUGGUGGUGUGAGUUCAAUGGUUGAUCAACAAGUGCCUCAAACUUCGAAAAAAUUAAAAGAUGGUAACUUCCGAGAUGUUGAUGAAUGUAAAAUCUCUGAUGUUGAUGAAACAGACUUACUUAAUGUCGUACUUAAGUUCAGGCUUUAUCAUUACAACCUCCCUGCUGUGGAUGCUACUUGGAAGGGAGGCUUUCAUUUAAGUGCAACGUGUAAAUUUUAUGGUGGGUUCCAAGCUCAACCUUCAUGCAUCAUCAAUCGUAAAGCUUUUGAUUUUUCAAAAGGAAUGCCUUCAGUCCUUCAAGUUGAGUUUGUUCCUCGGAGCCAAAUAUGGGCAAAUCUAUUCCAUGACAAUUAUCCUGAUGUUAGUGACAUCGCUCUAUAUUUUUUCACUGCUGAUAAUAUUGAGAGUUCCAAAGAGGACAUGAACUGCCUGUUUGAGCUGAUGGAUGUCCACAAGUCAAUGAUGAAAAGCCAUGUUGAUGGUGCGGAGUUGCUGAUAUUUAUAUCAAAAGAUCUGUAUUUGCCUUCACAGAGUGAGUUCUCUCUCUGCAGUUGCCUACACUUUUACAUUGUAGCUUCAGCUUUUCCCUAUGGGUGA